CAAGAAAUCUCUAAUUCUGCAUUUUUCACCACCAUAAUAAGAAUUUAGUUAGUUUAAUGGAGUACCCUCUCGGCACAAGAAUUAUCUUCAUUUUCUUUAUGCUGGUGAUUACUGGUUCAUACUGGAUGAAGGAGACUGAAGCAACAGGUCGUCGUCUAUCACCAUUUCUUCCUACUCAUCACGAAGUAAUAACCCCGCCGUCGUCAAUGUUUAAUCAAACCAAUGACGAACCCAAAGACUGCAAAAAGAUAACCACCAAGUGCACGGUAUGCUGCAAAUAUACUGUGUGUGAUACUCCUUUGGAGAUGCUUAUUUGUAUCGGAUGUUGCCCCCCUGGCACACCUGGAGUAGCUCUCCCCUGAAGCCUGAUUAAGCAUGCGAGAUAUAUGUAAGAUCGAUGUAAUCUUAGAAUAUAAUGAAUUACCAUGGAAUUAUCUUUUCAACUAAUAAAAUCAUCUUCGCUGCUGA